GCCUUUAAAGCCCGCCCCCAAUCGCCUCCCUCCUCCUGUCCUCCAGCCCUCCAAAUCGCAUCGUAGUCGAAAGCACGCAGCACCCAUCUCCCCAACCUAGCACUAACGCGCUCCGAUCCGAAGGCUGCGAGAUGAAGGCGAGGGUGAGGUCCAGCGGCGGCGACUCCAGGCUCUCGGUGAGGAAGACAAAGGCCGAGAAGGACCCGAACCAGCCAAAGAGGCCCCCGAGCGCGUUCUUCGUCUUCAUGGAGGGGUUCAGGAAGGACUACAAGGAGAAGCACCCUGACGUCAAGCAAGUCUCCGUGGUUGGUAAAGCCGGUGGUGCGGAGUGGAAGUCCCUGUCCGAUGCUGAGAAAGCUCCUUUUGUUGCCAAGGCCGAGAAGCUCAAGGCUGAGUACAACAAGAAGAUGGUCGCCUACAACAACCCUCAGGCAGGAGGCCAGGAAGCGUCUGGUGACUCGGACAAGUCCAAGUCCGAGGUUAACGACGAGGCUGACGGGAGCGAGGCUGACGAGUGAUGCGGAUCGGAUUUCACCAAGCUGCCACAGUACUGGAUGGAAACCUCUGGAGCUUUGCUGUUGCUGUUCCUGGCUAGUGUCUCUGAUGGAUGGUUGCCUUUAGUUUAGCAUAGUCCCUCCCUUUCUUUCAGGUUGCUGUUAGGAUGGACAAUGAAUCGUAGCUUUAGUCUGGCUCAUGUCACUGUCGCCUUCCUGGAUCGGAGUGGGGAAGUUCUAGUCAAGUUUAUAGGGUUGGGCGCUUGGUCAUCCAUUGUUAUUUCACUCUGUUAUGUCUGUACCUACAAAAGUACCCGUGGCUGUUUGUUUGAAGUCUCAGAUCUCAAUAGAUGGUGUUAAACUGUUCAUUUCUGAAGCAAAAAUAGUAAUUACUCAAAA